AAGCCGAGUCUGUCAACUGCCGGCAAAGCGUGAAGACGUUGCUGGCUGUUUGUUUUCGAGUUGGCUUUUUUCCGUAUUGCCUUGGCUCUUGGCUCUUUGUUUAUUGUUUUUUCUGUGUUUGGACCUCGAGUCGCGUUCGAAGCCGCGUUUACUUUUAUUGCCUUGCCGCUGAGGGCCUGUGAUUGAUAUUCUGUGCCAGUGCGCCGAGGCAAAAGUGUAGAAAACGAUCGAGAAACUCCGAGUAACCGUCGCAUAAUUGGAGUCGGCGAUUCGAAACGGCCCAAAUGUGUUUGAAACGGUUGGAAAAAGCGUCACUUGCCAUUUGCAGCUCAGCAAUUGCGAAUCGAAUUGAACUGGGGCCAACUGAGCCACUCGGCUGAGUUCACAGCUCCACAACACCACAACACCAAACACACCUGAGCAGAAAGCCACCUGAGUGUUUUCCCGAAGGUCGACCGCAUCUUUACAGGCUUUCGACUCUGCGUCACCGGCUCAAGAAUGUGUUAAUUCGGUGAUCCAAAAACAGUAUCAACGGCGACUGGUUGUAGCAGCACUUCAGUUGCCGCCGACGAACGAAAUUUGCAUAAAAAAGUAAACAAAUGCGAACCAUAAAAAUAGGAGAAAAUAAGCAGUGAUUAAAUCGAAGCGAAUUCAACAGUCAACAUACAUCAAUCUAUUCGCUAUGCAGAGCGUGAAAUAUUUGCUGAAAUAUUUAUAAAUCCUUUAAUUCCGGGUGCAUAUUUCAAAGAUAUUUUAUCAAUUGUAUCAGUGACUGCUUAAGAAUCUGCUAAGUACUAUGUAUGGUAUCUAAAAUUUGUCUCUGCCUAGCCCGAAGAGGAGCAUCGAAGGGAUGGGAGUACGGCCCAAUCGGAAGCGCCUGGAGCUGAUGCUAAUGGUGCUCAUUGGCCUGGCCUGGGGAAUACUGCUGUCCGAGCUGAUGAAGCGAACUCGUUGGCAGAAUCGCGCGGAGCGGCUGAAGGAGGAGAGCAGUCCCUUUCCGAGCAGCCAGAGGAGCAGGAGCAGGAGCCCAGCCACGACCCCCACCGCUGCUCCUUCGAGCACAAGUCCAGCGCCGGACAUCCUGGCCUCGCGCCUCUUCAACGAGACGCGCGUCCUGUGCAUGGUGCUGACCAGUCCGAAGACGCAUCGCACCCGCGCCAUCCACAUCAAACGCACCUGGGGCAGGCGCUGCAACAAGCUGAUCUUCAUGAGCACCAAGGCGGACAGGGAACUGGGCUCCGUGGCGCUCAACGUGAGGGAGGGCUACUCCAAUUUGUGGCCCAAGACCCGGGCAGCGCUGCAGUACGUCUAUAGGCACCAUUUUCAGAAGUACGACUGGUUCCUGAAGGCCGACGAUGACACGUAUGUAAUUAUGGAGAACCUGCGCGCCUUUCUGCACGCCUACAAUUUAAGGGAACCGGUUUAUUUCGGAAACAAGUUUCGCCAGCACGUGAAAGAGGGAUACAUGUCGGGCGGAGCGGGUUAUGUUCUGAGCAAAAUGGCCCUGCACCGGCUGGUUAAACUGGGCUUCAGCAACAGCAGCAUCUGCACCAAUCGCAACUACGGCUACGAGGACGUGGAACUGGGACGAUGUCUGGCGGGCGUGGGCGUGCUGGGUGGCGAUUCCCGGGAUGAGCACGGCCUGAGUCGCUUCAUUCCCUUCUCGCCGCUGCACUGGUAUCCCCAGCCGCCGGAGUGGUACCAGCCGCUGACCUACUACACAUCCCCCAACAACUCCAGUGACUGCUGCUCCAACACGGCCAUCUCGUUUCACUACAACAACGCACAGGAGUUUUACGUGCUCGACUAUAUCAUCUACAAGCUGCGGGUUUUUGGCUUGAAUAGGGAACUAGGUCGAUUGCCGGGAAAGGAAGCCAGUGCUCGGCCAACUUCGAUUCACUUGCAGACCAAAACGGAACUCGACCUAAACGCUCUUAACAAAAUGGUGCCAGGCAGAAGUGUCACAAAGCCAAGUUACAGAACUAAGACCACUUUCAAGAUUGCGAAGUAAUAUUACUUUCAUUUGGAUUGACUGCAAUGGACUAUGCCAAAGAGUAACCCCCAAAUAACGUAAAGCUGCUCCUUGAAUUUAAGAAUUAAGCCUACUAGAUGCCAUUUAUGCUUUAAUUUGUUAUGCCGACUAACAAAUAAGUGUUAUAUUUGUUUAAGUGCAUGUGUAUAUCACAUAUUGCACAGGUGUAUUUCAAAUGCGAUAUUAAAUCCUUAGCAUUAGAUAUUAUACUGCUGUUUCCUCAGA